AUGGGAAAGCAGGAUAUCAUCCAGGUCCUGACGCCAGAUCACUCGGUCGAGGUAUCCUUCCUGGACGAGGAUGCGACCAUUGGCGACCUUCUGGCAUCGCUGGCCGAGGACAACCCGACCUAUGGCAAUGGCUUUUGGGCUAUUGUAGAAGUGGCCAUGCCAAGAACAACUACGCUUACAUAUCAUGAACUCUUUGCACUCGACCAAGGUGCACUCGCUGCGGAGACCAGGAUAAAGGAGGUUCAGGAACGAUAUCAAGAGCACCUACAGAACCCGGACGCGACCAUCUUCAAACUCAUCAACCUCCAAUACACCCUACCUGUGGUCUUUCGGCACGUCCCCACAGUGCCGGAGGCGCAUUACCGCCAGAUCCAUGUGACCCCGACCAUGGAGGUCCGACAGGUUUUGGACAUUGUCACUCGGGAGAUGGGAUUGAAGGCUUUGGAGAAUCCUGCGACCAACGGUAGUAACGCCCGUGCACCAGCUGCUUCUGAAUACAUUUUUUCACAACUCAAAGUGAACGAAGAGGGAAUCGAAGAGGAGAGGCAGCUUUUGGAUGAGGAAAGUCCUUUGGAUCUGCUUUUGGUAAACCGGGAAUUGCUUAUGAACCAGCAGAUCAAGGAUUACCACUUUAUCUUCACGGUUCCUGACUCUUGGAUCUCCAAGGUCGAAUCGGUCACAUCUCGUAUCACAAAGGGCUGGACCGCGACUCGACCCCUUUCAAUGGCAGUGUACGGUCUCUUUGGAGGUGCCACAUCCCCACAGCAGACAACAGCUCCACGAGAGAUCUCGGCUCCGAUCCCCAUUGCACCGACGUCGAUCCAUCACCCAUCGUACGGUGGCGAGACGGAUCACUCGACUGACAGUAGUGCCAAGAGUGCCCAAAAGCGGCGGCAGAGUAUGAUUGUGGGCUCUCGCUUGAGUUCGUUCUUUGACCCUGCGGCCAUUGGUGGAUGGUUGCAGCCUGAGACCAAGAAGCGGCACUCCAUCGUCUUUGGGCAGAGUGUCCCCAACUUGAUUUCGAAACCCAUGGGAAUGGACACUGGUGUUGAUGGAUUUGAUGUGAACGACAUGACCGAUGAGGAACUGGGCGAGGCAUUCAAUGCGCUCUUGAACGACCUGAAUAUUAAGGAGGCUGUUCGCGAGACCAUGAUGAACUUUACCCGUGAGAAGAAGGCGGCACUUAUUAUUCAGAAUCAGCAAGUGCAACAGCAAAAGGAGCGCGUCUCAUCCCCAGAUCCAUAUGCAGUCCAGACAGGCGGCUUGCCAGUAGGAGGAGGCGCCAACCCUCGAAUGAACAACAUGAGCAGGUUUAUAGGAUCCAUCUCCUCUCGAGUCUCCUUUAUCGAGCCGGACAGUGCAUCGAUAAACAACAACACCAACGGCAGCAACAACAAGUUGCAUUCGCGCUACUCGUCAUGGUCGAGUCUUGCCGGAUCUUAUGACGGAACUGCGGUGGAGAGUAACAGGCCUACUUCACCCAAGCUCGGAGGAUCUGAUCGGCCCAUGUCACCCACAAUGGCGACUGCUGGCUCUCUUUGGUCCAGCUGGUUCGGAGCUACACCCAUGCCUGACUCGGACUCGAUUGACGAGCCUACGGAUGAUUCUCCUCAGUUCUACAUUGACCAACUUCUCAGCAAAGCUACGAACCAAAAGACUUUGGCGAAGCAUCUGCUGAGUCUCCGAAUUGCAUUGGCAACAGCAAAACUGUCCUGGAUCCGCCAGUUCUUGGAUGGACGAGGAUUCAGAGCUCUGGAGAAUGUGCUGGACAAGACGGCGAUCAAAAAGCGCGGUGGCAAGGCGAACGAUUUGGACGAGACGAUGCAAUCUGAGUGCGUCCAGUGCCUUCGCGUCCUGAUGAACACCGAGCCUGGAUUCAAUCAAGUUCUUCGAUCGCCCUCUCUGGUGGCACACAUUUCUUACUGCCUCUACACAACCAACAGUAAGCUCCGGACAAAGGUGGCUGAAGUCCUGGCCGCGCUCUGUGUCAUGUCGCCAGACUCGCACCGCCUCGUCCUGAUGGCGCUCUCCGACUUCCGCGUCGCCCACGAAGAGCGGUUCAGAUUCGAGUACCUUGUUCAGUCAUUGGCGACCGUGAUCACAGGUGACAUUGACGGAAUUGGUGGCGGUGGCGCAAACGAGCAUCAGGAGAUCUUUGAGUGGGAGUACAAGACCGCGUGUCUUAGUCUUAUGAACGCCUUAGCCAACUCGCCCUCUUCCUUGGAUGACCGUAUCUCGUUGAGAAACGAACUCAGACGACGUGGACUCGAGGAUGUCUUCCAAACCUUGAAGAUGCAGUCCCCGCCCGAGUCGCUCUUGAUUCAGAUUAAUGUCUAUGAGGAUGAACGGCAUGAGGAUUGGGUUGAUCUUCAGGAACGUGCUUAUGAGGCGGCACAGUUCAAAGCUGGACAGGAUAGUCAAAACUCGGAGCUUGUCAACACUAUCACCAGCCUCGGACCUACAGAUGAUGAGCUCUACCUCCGCAUCAUUCAGACCUUGCAACAGUACGCCGAUGGCGCCGUUUCGUCACUCAGCCAAGAGGAAACGGACGAAGAGGACCAGGAAUCACCAGACACCAUCUCACGCCAGAGUCUGCAAUUCAAGGAAGAUCUUUGGACGAUUGUAGCCAAGUUUGGCGAGCGAGUCUUCCAGAUGCGAGACCUCGAGAAGGACUGGGCAGGUUGUCAGGACGAUUUUUUGGAAGGAAUCCAACACAUUGUUGGCAAACGAGGCAUCAUCCUCUCCUUCUCGGACCCCAACCUCAACUCGUCAUCUUCUGCAUCCAUGUCUUCGGCUUCUUUGGCGUCGAGUCGACGACACAGUUUCAUUGACUAUGAGAUGGAUAUUAUGAGACGGGAUAUGGAGGAUAUGCGAGAGGAGUCGGAUAACCUGCGUAAGGAUCUUGCGGCCGCGAAACAGGAGACUGAGGAUGUUAAAGCUCAGUUGAGACAGCAGAUCAGGUCGCCUCCCUUGAGUUCGAGAGAAAUGAGGGAUGGAUCUGAGAGUGAGCCUCUUACAUCCUAUGGCAGGCGCGAGAAUCAUGCAGGAGUGGUUCAGAGACUGGUUCAGAAGGAGAAAGAGGCCGCACAGCUUCGAGAGACCAUUGAGCGAAUGGAGAAGAAGUACAAGGACAGGGCCGAAUUCGUCGCUGACGAUGAACCACGCAAGUCUGAGCGGUCCAAGGAGAUUGACAGCACUCGCUGGAAUGCCAUGAUGACCGAGGUUCAGGUUCAAAAGACCAAAACUGCAGUGGCAGCCAGUCUGGCUGACGACCGGCAAAAGGAAAUCGCGUACUUGAAGCGUGCAUUGCAGAUAGUUUGCACUCGCUACGAAACCGCGAUGGGCGAACGACCACCAGUCGUAACCGAGGAGGACCACACCAACCAACCCAACCAGACCGAGGGAUCAUUGCAGCUCUCAAAGACUUUCGAGGCCCUCGCUCGUAAGGAUGAAGAGAUUUUUGAACUCAGGGAUGAAGUUGAGAAGUUGAGGAAGGAAACUGUGGUUGGUUUGACCCCCACGGAGGAGGUGCUCAAUCUCCGAGGUAGCAUCAAGGAUGUGAUGCUAAGGGUCCAAGAGUUGCAGACGAUUGUGAGUGACCGCGAAAAGACGAUCAAGAGUCUCAAGGAAACACUGUUCACACUGGAGGCUGCCAAGCACUCGGAUGAUCCGAAUGGCGUCUCUCAAGGUUACCUUCAAGGACAAGACGUCAACAACGCUCCAGGUCCAAGCAGAGUCGAACGAUCGAACUCUCGCAGUUCGUUGAAGUUACAGAUUCGUGCACUGUCCGCCAAAGGAUGGCAAUCUGAAGAAGUCGAUGAGGAGCAAGAAGAAGGAGCAUACCAAAACGGAGCUCUCUCCCCUUUGGGCUCUGAUUCUAAUAUUCAGACCUUGUCAGUCACAAGUCCCGGACGACCCUCUGGCGGCGUCUUCUCACCAGGAGUAACUUCGCCCAAGAUUGGUCAGAGAUUCCUUGGUACCGGCGGUGGUAGACGUCCUGCCCUGCCUCCUCCUCCACCCCCACCUGGUCCUAAGCACAAGCUGUAUGCUGCUCAGGCUGUUAAUGGUCAGAUGCCUGCUCAGCCAAACGGCACAGUUCAGCCAGCAGGACCCCAGGUCGUACCUACUCAACACGUCUCUACUGAGGCGCCUCAGCCAAUUCUUGCACCGGUCGAGCCAGAAGUGGAACAGAUCACCGCAGCACCUUUGCCUGUGCCAGUACAGAGUCCCAAGCCAGAGUCCUUGACGGUCAACACUUCUGCGCCGCCUCCACCUCCACCACCACCUUUUGUGGCAGGCCCCAGUCCUAAGGUGACCCUUACAAACCAACCAUCUCUUGCAGCGGCCAUUCAAUCAAGCGGCGGAAUCCCUGUCCCACCACCUCCACCAGCAGUUAUUUUCGCCGCACAGCCUACUCUGCCCACACCUGCGGCAGCGCCUGCAAGCCCUCCCAUAGGUAGUGGACCUCCACCUCCACCUCCCCCACCUCCUUUCCUUGCUGGCCCAGCCCACGUGCCCACAACCCCUGCAGAACCUUUGUUCUCAAGUCUCCAGCGGUCAGUGUCAAUGCCUGCACCCAAGCCAAAGGGAAUAGCUAGCUCUCCUCCUACCACAGGAGGACCACCACCCCCACCUCCACCACCCAUGCCCAAUGCACCCUUUGGCAAGAGUGCCCUCAAACCACCGUCACAUCCCAUCCCACCACCUCCACCGCCAGGUCCUCAGCCUCAAGGAGCAGCUGCCUUGGAAGGAGCUAUUCCAACGCUACCUGUCUUUUUGGCUGGCAAUAAUCGUAUUGUCAAUCCUCUCGCCAUGGCCAUCCCUCAAGUUGUCAAGCCCACACGUCCCAUGAAGCAAUUGUUCUGGAACAAGUUGCCAACGGGAGUCAUUACGAACACGGUGUGGAAGGAUAUCUGUGACCCGUCGUCUGAUCUGGGAACCGUUGAAUUGGACUUUGCAGAGAUUGACGAGCUCUUUUGCAAGAACCAGACUGUCUCUGCCACUGCAAGUUCAUCGCCGGAAAAGAAGAAGCCAGUCAGUUUGUUCAAUGUCAACCGCGCCAACAAUAUCGCUAUCAUGCUUUCAAGGAUCAAGAUGACAUACCCUGAGAUCCGAGCUGCAUUAAUGGAGAUCUUGGACGACAAGCUGAGUAUCGAGAACCUAAAAGCCAUCAAGCAAUACGUUCCCACCGGCGACGAGAUUGAGCUGAUCAAGGAGUUUGAUGGGAACUUUGAAAGUCUCGGACACGCCGAGAAGUUCUACCGCGAGAUUCACGAUAUCCCGCGCUUGUCGGAGCGCGUUUUGUCGAUGAUCUUUAGACGCAGGCUCGAGAUUGAUGUUGGCGAGCUGAAACCUGAAAUGGAUGUGCUCCGGUUGACUAUUGAAGAGCUCCACAAUUCUCGACGACUCAAGAGUCUUUUGAAGACUGUCUUGUUGAUCGGUAACCAUUUGAACGCGACCAGUUUCCGCGGCAACGCCUAUGGUUUCCAACUGGACGCUCUUCUCAAGAUCCGCGAUACAAAGGGCUCCGACAACAUCAAACCAGGCGCAAGCACACUACUCCACUACCUCGCGAAAUCAAUCCACAACAAGGACCCCAAUCUGCUCAAAUUCAUUGAUGAAGUGCCACACCUGGAAGCCGCAGCCCGAAUCUCUGUCCCGACACUGAUGAAUUCUUGCAACUCCCUUGUUGCCGGCAUGAACCAGAUUAAGGAAGAGAUCCGGGUCCUGAAGCGGAUCCGCAUUUCUCCACCGAAUGACUAUUUCAUCGAAGUCAUGGAGAAAUUCGCAGAAGCAAAUGAGGAAGGGAUCCAAAAGAUCGUAGAGCUCGGCCAAGGGCUCGAACAAGACCUCAAGAAACUCCUCACCUUCUACGGCGAAGACCCCGCCAACACAAAGCCCGAAGACUUUUUCGGUAUGCUCGUCUCCUUCUCGGCCAUGCUCCAGAAAUCCCAACAGGAGAACGAAGCCAUGGCCAAGAGACUCCUCGCCAAGGCUAACCAGGCUAACAAGACGACGAACAGGGCCGCGGGAAGUGCAGGGAACACGGCCUUGUCGGUGGCUGCGAUUAGGGAUGGACAUUUGGAUGAUGCGAUUCGUGGGUUGAGAUCCGGUCUGAGGAGGAAUAGGAAGGAUCGGCCCAUGUCCCAUUUGUAUUCCGAGUUGAGUAUAGAGGCUUUGCAAGGGGUUAAUUUAAAUGUCCCUCGUGCUGGUGUCCUUACUCAUUCGCGCCAGGCCAGUCGUCAGUAG